GAAAUGAAAAUGACAUAAUCGAUUUCGUGACAUUUUAGCGGCUAAAUUCAAAUGACAAUUAGCGCGUGCGCCCUCUCACAAUCGACCGCUUUUUUCUCCACACCGACUUGACGUUUCGCGUGCAUUUUAUUAUCCGAGACCAGUCUCUUCGUUCGAAGUGAAAAUGGCAGAUGUGCUUGACGAUUUAAGAAUGGAUUGUACCAAUAAAGAUGAAAUAAUCGCCAAUCCAGAAGAACUUGCUGAAUUGAAGAAAGAAAGUGGUAACCAACAGUACAAAUUAAAACAGUAUCGUCAGGCACUGCCAUUGUACACAGAAGCAAUUGAGCUAUGUCCGGAUAUACCAGCAUAUUAUGGCAAUCGAUCCGCUUGUUAUAUGAUGUUGAAUCGUUACCACGACGCAUUGGAAGACGCUCGAAAAUCAGUGCAGCUAGAUUCGGCUUUCGUGAAAGGUUACAUUCGUAUAUUAAAAUGCGGAAUUGCUUUAGGGGAUGUAAUGACUGCCGAUCAAGCAGUAAAACAUAUUAAAAUUAUGGAACCAGAUAAUAAUGCUACGAUUAAAAACGAAUUGGCCAGUUUAGAAACAUUAAAAAAGUUCGAAGCUGACGCUCUCAAAGCUUACAAUAAACAAGAUUUUCGUACUGUUGUUUAUUGUAUGGAUCGUUGUUUGAGCCAAGCACCCAAUUGUUGCAAAUAUAAAACGACUAAAGGAGAAUGUCUGGCUUAUUUAGGGCGAUACGAAGAAGCUCAAGAAUUGGUUAACGGAAUUUUACACAUUGAUAAGGGAAAUGCUGAUGCGAUUUACGUCCGCGGAAUGUGUAUGUUUUACGAAGAUAACAUCGACAGCGCUUGUCAACAUUUUAUGCAAGUUUUACGAUUGGCCCCUGAUCAUAAAAAAGCUAUGGAUCUUUAUAAACGCGCGAAAUUGCUCAAGAAGAAAAAAGACGAAGGAAACGAUGCGUUUAAAAAUUGUCGAUUCCAAGAUGCUCUUAAUUUAUAUACCGAAGCUUUAAAAGUGGAUCCAUUUAAUAAGAAAACAAACGCAAAACUUUAUUUCAAUAGAGCAACAGUUUACUCAAAAUUAAAUAAAUUAGCCGAUGCCGUUUCCGACUGUACCUCAGCGUUAAAAUUGGAUGAUAAUUAUUUAAAAGCACUUCUUCGACGAGCUAAAUGUUACAUGGAUUUAGGUGAAUACGAAGAGGCCGUUAAAGACUAUGAGAAAGCUUGUAAAAUGGAUAAAAACAGAGAACAUAAACGAUUACUGAACGACGCAAAGUUAGCGUUAAAAAAAUCGAAACGCAAAGAUUAUUAUAAGAUAUUGGGGGUGGAACGUAACGCGACCGAAGAUGAAAUAAAGAAAGCGUAUCGUAAGAGAGCUUUGGUUCAUCAUCCGGAUCGACACGCGAACGCUUCCGAUGCGGAGAAAAAAGAACAGGAGAAGAAAUUUAAGGAACUGGGCGAAGCUUACGGGAUUUUGUCGGAUUCGAAAAAGAAGGCGAGGUACGAUAGCGGUCAGGAUUUGGAUGACGGUUUUGAUGGAAUGCCCGAUUUUGAUCCCAGCCAAGUAUUCCAAACAUUCUUCAGUGGCGGAGGCGGACACGGUGGCGAAUACAGUUUCCAAGGUGGCGCUUUCCCUGGAUUUUCAUUCCAAUUUGGUUAAAUUAUUUUAGAAUUAAAUAGAGCUUCCCGCGACAUCCGCAAUAAUCAACCCGACACCAGGAUAUAAAAAAAAAUAAAUACAAACCAUAGCACGCAAUCGUUGAUUCAAAGAGAAAAAUAAAAAACAAAUAACAGCAGUUAUUAUCCCUGGUUAACCACUUGUGUAAUAAAAUCUAAUUUAAUAUUUAUUUAUAUAUCGGUAAAUAAGCACAAAUGUACCUCCUGUCCUGUUUAUCAAAUGCAAUACUGGUGUAAUUGUAUAUAAUAUGGCAGUUCACGUCGUAGGUUGUAGUUCCAAACGGAUGGAUCUUAACAAAAAAAUUAUUAAUAAUGCAAGUUGUAAAUUUAAUCUUUUUCAAUUGAAAAAAAGGUUCGUAUUGAUUACAGGAUCUUUGUUAAAAAAUAUGUUGUGUAAUAAAGAACUUGUAGUUAGA